AUGGCUCAAACAAUGAUUGAUUGUUGGACAUUUUGCUUUGUAAAAGCCUCCUCAACAAGAUUCCCUAUCUUUGUCUCCUCCCUCCCCAUCCACCUCGAUAGCGCCUUCACCGGCGGCCACAAUCGUCCACCAAUGAUAUUCGCAUCCGCCAUCAAACGGGAUCCAAUCGCCGAGGCCUGGCCCCGAGACAGCAUCCCGCAAUUCCCGCCGCCCUGUCUCACAACCGAGUCUCUGAUCCAGGCCUCCUCAGAUACUCUGUGCACUCGCCGCCGACCUGCAGCAACCCUUGAGCCUCAUGACGACAAUGACGCCAGCGACAGUCGCGCCUGUCCAUUACGGAGCACUCUCAAUCAACCUCGCGCGACUAAUCUCGCCGGGUAUCUUUCCCAUCUUGAACGCCGCAAGCCCUUCUAUCAAUUCCCGUUUCCCCUAUCCGCUUCUUUCCGUCUCCCCAUCCGUCCAUCCAUCCAUCCACCAUCCGCCCAUUCUUCAGCCAUCCUCCAGCCAUCCUCCGCCCAUCCUCCACCCAUCCAUCCAACUCCGUGGAUCCGGAUACGUGCCCCGGUGGUGUACCCUCCCUCCGGUCCACUAACUUCUUCCCCUCCUGGAAUCCAAGGUUGCAUCGUGCGCCAGAGGCACGAGGACAGGAGAUGCCCAGACAAGGAACUGCGUGGAGUGCAUCUUCCCGCUGCAAGAAAUCCAUUCUACCCUCGGCUCAACCUAGUCCCUCCCCCCGCGAGCGUGACCGUGUGGUGGACCCCUGUCGAAAAGUUUACAGCCUCCGGGUUCAAGGAGCCAUCUUCGAAACAGAAGGUCUCUCAAGUUCCUCAACUGAUCCUGUACUACGACCGUCAUCAUACUGUAACCAAGACAAAAUCCAUGGUCGGAAGUCCGAAGUAACACCAAGGACUCCUGUCUUGUGUCUCCCUCGCUUCCCCAGAAAAUCGUCUCCUCUCCUUGCCGCUUACGCUUGCCAUGGCCAAGGCAUGACUACAUGUCUUCGUUCUGACCUCAGUUCCAGGGAUUUCCUGACAAUGGGGGAUUUAGCCACCCCGGCCCUCCCUACAGCCAACAUCCAUUUAGCCGCACAGAUCGUGACUCUGUCCGGGUUGAAGGCCCGCUCAUGUGCCGUUUCUCACAGGAGAUUUACGGCUUCUACCGCCUGACCCUCUGAUGCGCCUGUUGACCGUUUGUGUACAAGGGUACGCGAUUCAUCCUCAAGUUAAUUCCUUCUUCAUCUUAUAUGCUGGAUGACAUGCUCUACCUGUAAAAACAUGAUAACUUACGCGGCCAAGUGCCGGUUUGCGGUGGAUUCAUGAUCUU